AGGACGACAGCGGCAAUUCCAAGCACCAUAUGAGGGCAAAACCGAACAAAACAAAAAAAAGAAACAACAGUGGGAGCUUGGAGGCGGAAACAGGAGAAUGAUCCAACGCCCAACAAGGCAGCAACAUUCAGCGCCACCAACAAUACCAACCAACCCCAAGUGAAGUCCCCAACCCACCAAAAGAAAAAGUCCAACUACUCUUUAACAUAAGUCUCUUACCAAAAUUGAAGAUACAUAUACGACACCUUCCCACGAAAGAAAUGGCGAGUUCUGCAGUGGCUUUGGAAGAUGUACCUUCCGUUGAUAUUAUGACUGAACUGCUUCGUCGCUUCAAGUGCUCCUCCAAGCCUGACAAACGCCUCAUUCUUAUUGGUCCCCCUGGAUCCGGAAAGGGUACACAAUCACCCAUAAUUAAGGAUGACUACUGCUUGUGCCAUUUAGCCACAGGUGAUAUGCUCAGAGCUGCAGUUGCUGCUAAAACACCGCUUGGAAUUAAGGCCAAAGAAUCUAUGGAUAAAGGGGAACUUGUUUCUGAUGAUUUGGUGGUUGGAAUAAUUGAUGAAGCCAUGAAAAAACCCUCAUGCCAAAGAGGUUUUAUUUUAGAUGGUUUUCCCAGGACUGUGGUCCAGGCACAGAAGCUUGAUGAGAUGCUUCAAAAGCAGGGAACUAAGAUUGACAAGGUGUUGAACUUUGCUAUUGAUGAUUCCAUAUUGGAGGAGAGGAUCACUGGUCGAUGGAUACAUCCUUCCAGUGGUCGAACCUACCAUACUAAAUUUGCACCUCCCAAAGUUCCUGGUGUUGAUGAUGUCACUGGAGAGCCUUUGAUUCAAAGAAAGGAUGAUACCCCAGCAGUGCUCAAGUCAAGGCUGGAGGGUUUUCAUAGGCAGACUGAACCGGUUAUUGAUUAUUAUGGUAACAAAGGUAUUCUUGCCAAUCUUCAUGCAGAGAGACCCCCAAAUGAGGUCACCUCUGAGGUUCUGAAGGUUCUCUCUUCUUAGGACUUGAUCCUUCAUCUUUCACAUUCUCCAUUUCUUCUAAAUUGUUCAAAUUAAUCCGAUACAUUGUCGGAUCGGCAAAUUAGCAGUUUUUGUUUUAAGACUUGAGCAUCUGCUGGUUUUGUGAGCCCAAGAGGUGUUUUUGCUACAAAAUAAUAGUUUACUGCAGAUUUUGUGGUAAUACUCUGAUGUGAUAAUUUUCUGAUAUAUAGGCACUGGCGUCAUUUCUUCUUUCAAAGUGAUUACUGUUCUGAAAUUUGUUCCCCAUUUUGGUU